AUCAAGAAGAGCGAGGGCAUCGAUGCCGUUGCGGACAAUCUCGAGGAGCCCUGGAUCAGCUAUAACCAGCCAGAUCGAGCGGCUGAAUGGGAUCGAGUGCUGUAAGAAGCUCAAGGUGCUGUAUGCGAGCAACAAUAAGAUCAAGAGAUUGGAGUGGGUUGCAGCCGUUGGGCGGGUUGGCGCAUUGUGUCGAGGUGCUGUUUGUCGGGAAUCCGGUGGAGGAGAAGGCCACGGGGGAGAAUGUGUGGGUCGCUGAGAUGACGAAGAAGUUUCCGCACUUGAAGAAGUGGAUGGGAAGCCGAUUAUUAGGGAGGGCGGGGGGGAUAAAGAGGACGAGAAGGGGGAGUAAGGCGGCUUGGUUCUGUGCUGUGAUGGGAGGGGGCAAGAGGGGCGUGGAGCGCUGUGAUGAAAGCAUCGAACAUUUCAUCGUUUUGUGUUUUUGCGUAUGCUUUUUGUACCGUCAUUGUCUCGCUGGGCGGGAGGAUAAAGAAUGCAUGUGGGGACGAUACGACACGUAGAGAGAAUGCAGGAGUAUGACAAUCUUUUAUGUGCAAGUAAAUGGACAGAGUAGUAGACUGACAAAACAAGCAGAGAGGAAAGGGGCACUGGAGCAAGGAGCGUUCUGUGUCUAGGACAUGGUCAUGGUCAUGACUCCCGGGCCUGCGUGAUCAGUCAAUGAUCUAUUCCUCCUCCUCGGCCUCCUCGCCCUAAAAAAAUAGAGAAAAUGGUCGAUGAGCGUUUUUCUUCAAGAAUGGGAUUUGAGUGAAGGGGGAAAGUAGAUAC